GUCGAAACUUCACGGUGCUUCCAUCGACCAAUUAGAGAUCUCGGUUUAAUGGCGCUCCUUUUCAUUUUUCAAAUGCAUUAUUCUCGGAAACUAGCUAAAUAGGAGUGAAGUGAAAAACUCUCGCACGUAACUUCAUCUCGGUGAAAAUUUCUUGGCUAUCACGAGUAAUACGGGACGAAGAAUGAAAUCCAACGUGGCACUACAAGGCAGGCUCGCCAAGCAGAAUGAGAUUAGUCGGCAAAAACUGGCACAGGAAAUCGUGAAACUCGAUAAGGUGGAAAAGUCGAAUCUGAGGAUGUUAGAGACCGCGAGGCACCGAUUCCGAUCGCGUCACAAGAACCUCGAAGCUCGGCGACCCUCGUUCGGAUCAAACGUAAGACUUCCUAAGCCGGAGACUGCGUAUGAAUAAGAUCUCGUCAAGGACGCACACGUUUUCCCUUUCGUUUGCAACCGAUGCUUGAACCCAUUUGCAUCGUUACAAUUUUUCUGCUCUCGCUAUCACCAAACUAGAUCUGAUUGAACUCGUAUCAUAAACAUUCCAUGAAUCAUUAUAUGAAAUAAUGUGUCAGUUGCCAUAUCAAGUAUUAUAGGAAAUGUAAUAUCGAUUGGUAUAUGAAUUAUUAUAUGAAACAUUGCAACGAUCAUGAAUGGAUAUGCAAAUCGGUUUAGGUGGUGCAAACGUGACAGUGUACAAUGGGCUGAUCUUCUGAUUUAAUUGCGGACACAGUAAUUGACGCGCAGGCAAUUAACGUACGCAUGUACGAAACCCAUAAUCCCGGGUUCUGCUACCACUGCACCGGCGCCAUAAAAGAAACUGGCCAGUCGAUCGAGCAGGAGCAAGUGCAGAAGGACUCCUACGACUUCGUCCGCUCGAUAGUGUUCACGAAAGACGAAGUAGAUCCGGACAAACUCCUUUGCCUUCACCUGUUAACGGCGCAUAGUACAAGAUGGAACGGCAACGAGGAUUCCAGACCUAUCACGCCUUUAUUACAAAAAGCUAAGAACAAACACUUCUCUGGCACAUGGAACAACCUUAUACCGUGUUACGUAGUAGAUACUCAAGUAAUCUCGUCCGACACGAAAUUGCACGAAGACCCGAGAAACAAAAUCUUGGAGGACCAAGCGAUUCGCGAGUUCGAAGAGAAGUACAGGCAGUACAUGGAGAAAGACGCCGACUACGAGAAAGCAAUGUCAUCGAACGCGAAGCAGACGAGAGUAAUGUUGCACGGUUUCGAGAAGAUGCCCUCGAUUUCGCCUCACGUCUAUUCCCUCCUCGGCGCUUCGCACGAGCUGCGAAUCAAGCAGGCGCUCGCGGAAGGCAUAGCCAAAAGAAAAUACGGUCAUUACAAUACGGAAACGAACGGAAUGGACGAGAACAGCUUAUCCUUUCAUCUCGACGACGACGACGACGUCGUGAGCAGGGCGACGACCAACGUGUCUACUAAAAAUUGGGUCACGAGAUCGAUGCGUAGCCCGUCGAGGAGGUCUACUAUAGGAUCUUGGUAUAAACCCGAUCACGGAAUCACCAUGCUGAAAUCGAAACGAAAGAAAAACUACGAACCUGUACCGAAAGAUCUUAUUACUAUAAAAUCCAGUUUUCGAGCUAUGAAGGAGGCGCCAUCGAAAACUUCCAGCACCAAAUCUCCUUUCUACAGCAUUUUCGGAAGUCGACAAUCGACCAAUUCUCUUUUCUCAAUUACAAUGAGUCCGGAAAUUCAGAUGAAAAAAUGUAGAAAAUGUAUUUAUUUAAAUGCUCCUAUGAGAUGCGUGGAUAUUCGUGGCAAGGAUUACAAAGUCGUACCGAUUCUGGUUAAUUAUCAGCUCCAAGCAUUGGUACAAACCGUGUUCGAUGUUCUCCAACGCGUGAACCCGGAGAAAUCGAAGAAGAUAAUCGACACUGCCAGAAGUACGAAAGAGAUAAAUAAGAUGCUGAUGCGAACGGAAAUUCAGACCUUCGUGCAAUCUCUUUUGGGACAGUCGUUGGUAUCGUCUCCGGAAAGCUUCGUACUUUCGAUAGCAACGAUGGCAGAUGAGAUGGAUCUACGUUUCGAAGAAGUUUUAGAGAAGGAGAUAAUAGCGUUAACUUUGGAAAUGCCGUCGCUCCCGUGUUUAGAUACUCUGGUCAACGAGAUACGAAAUAAUAUAUUUGAAAAUACGAAGGAGAAGACUGAAGAAAACGAAGAUGAGACUGUUCUUAACAGAAAAGAAGGAAAAAAUCGGUCCAACGUAGGGAAAAAGUAAAAAUCGCUUAUGUCGAAGUUAAAGUUUACUAAAAAUGCUCGUCGUUGGAAUAAGAGUAACAGCUUGCGAGGUGACAAGCCAGAGGAAGAUAAUGUUGUGGAACUGUCGCUGUCAGUAACAAAACGUGGGCCGAGGAAGAACUCAAAGAUAAAAGCAGACGAACAGAUGAGAGUUUCAGGAAGUAGCGUUCUCUCUAAACGCAGUUCGAAUUCCAAAUCUUGGAAAAGUGCCCAGGAUCUCGGACAUUUAGACGCGAAUCAUGUAAUAUUGCAAAGAAUGACGAACACUCAGAGAAUUUUAGUAGGACAAAUGUGCGCUUCCCUAAAGAAAAAGAGAAUUAAUAAUCAAGGUUUAAUUAACGAAAGCGUACCGCUCGCUGCAUUAAUUGCGCCGGCACUCUCACGUGAUAGCAUUAAAUUCUUAACGCGGGGCACUGUAUAUUCAAACAGGAAUGCGAUGAGCGAACAAGAAGAAACGGAGGAUACUGUUACAGUUCCGGAUAAAUUAACUGGCCCUCUACUCGCGAAGAUCCGACAAGACGUGGCAGAAAGCGAAACGAAGAAGCGUUUGAACUCUUUCUUGAAAAAUGAUGUAAAAUAAAGAAUGAUUGCAAUUCAAAUUUACUUACCGCAUCAUAAGUCACCACUCAUUCCUUAUUAUACUUUCACAGAAACUUCGUCAUGCAUAAAUUAUAAUAAACACUUUGCUUACAAAAAAGUAGAUACAUAUUUAUACCAACGACUAAUAAUUGGGAUUAACAUCCAUACUUCGUACUACGAAUAUUAUGAGUAGGUGGCGUACAAGUACGCAGCGUACGCAAUUUGGUUAGAACGGAUAAUAUUAAAAUAAUCAGUAAUCAAAAGCAAACCUUUCUCCAUUAAUUGCAACAUAAAAAUCAUAACAAAUCUAUCAUCUACCCCUCAGAAUGCAAUGAAUAAACUCUAGAACAAAUAUUAUACGCACUACUUACAGUCCCAUAUAAGACAAGAGAAUUUAAACUUGAAUUAAAGCGUGAUUGAAUCAUUUUUUUACAUGAUAGAAUUUGGAAAAUAUCUGAAUAAAGUUUAUA